AUGAAGGAACAAGUUUGGGCCAGUUUCAGAUCUGUUGAAGCGCAAAUCUACCAUUCCCCUUAUUUGAAACCAUGGGAGAAGGAUUCUCAUCGCCAAGAUGCUGACCAGAGAAUGAACGAAGAAAUUAGGCGGGUUUCUUUGCCUGAUGAUGGGAUUGGAGUAAAGGUCAACUGGUAUUGGAUCGGGUUUAUUUUGGUCGGUCGGAAAGAAAAUUUGCGGAGAUACGUGUCAAAAUGUAUUCUGGCUUUAUUUCAGAUGGAUAUUUCUAAAAAGAUCACACCUAUGUUUGAUUCAUUGUUUUCAUUCUUACCAAAAACUUUGUCCGGAGAACAACGUCGAUUGGAUAAGCUGUGGGAGAAGUACUGGAGCGAAUGCAAAGACUGGAGCCUGCUGUAUCCCAACAUGGAAGCUGGUUUGCUUCCUGUUGAACAAUUUCAUUCGAAGGAUCGCGCUGCGAUGCUUGCUGAAAAUUUUGGCAUUUUAUAUAAAGCUUCGCGGUGA